AUGAUUCAAGACAGGAAGGAUAGGGCCGCGCGAACUGUUGGGACUGAUGGAAAAGAGCGGCUGCGAGGCAACUGCGAGGUGAGUCCGUUGAAGCAUCACUUUUAUGGGCCUCCAACAUCCGGGGACUCUGUCUUGUAUGGAGCUCAGUGGGCAAGGGCGCUGCUCUUGAUUCAGCAGGGGCGGCUCCACCAUUUGCUCGAUUGCGCCGGCUUGAUCACAGAGGACUAUUAUCAAUGGGUCUACUUUAUCGACUUUCACCGCGAAAAGAUGGAGGUUUGGAGAAACACUCGGAGAGGCAUUUGUCUGGAAAGAGAGGUGACCUUUGAAACGUUGCGAGAAGACCCGGAGUAUAUGAUCAAGACAUUCGAUGGGGCUCCUGGCGACUGGGAGGACUAG